UGUCCAACUUUUUCUUUUUUUAUAUAUAUAAAUUACUGUCGCCUUUGAAAUUUGCAACUUUCAGCAACUCACAGCUAAAUCAUUAUCAUCAAAAAAAAAAGUGUAUAAAUUACUUAUUUUAUAGAUUUACCCUGUCUGGGAGGAAAAAGAGAAGUUGACUUUUUUUUUCCCUCUCUUUCUCUCUCGGACAAAACGUCAUACCCUGAACCCAAUCCAAUUAUAGAGAGGCAUGGGUAUGAAAAAAUAUAUACCCUUUUUUUUCUUUUUUUUCUUUCUUUCUUUUUUUUUUUUCCUGCAAAACUUUUCUAUUUUGACUAUACAAUAUCAUCUCAUGACUUUUAAUGACAAUAUAAUAAAUAAUGUUGAUCAAAAAGUGAAUCCUCUCCGUCCCUAUUAUACACCUGGGCUCCAUCGCCAACACAAUUAUACCUCUUUACCUUCGAAUGACACGACACUUGACCUAACUCCUGAUAUAUUUGAUAACCUUGAUACUCAAACCCCUUUCAGACACGAUGCAUCAAAUACAAUCAGUUAUGCAUUAAUGAGAUAUGUCUUUACAAUGAUGUCAAGCCCUUUUGAAGUAGGCACUACAUUACUUCAAGUUCAAUACACUCCUCAUCAAGAUGUAGAAGUAUUUGCGGAACAAACACACAAUAAGGAGCCAGUUCUUAAUUCAUCGUUACAGUACUUAUCGUCGGACGACGAAGAAGAAGAAGAUGGAUUUUAUGGGAUGAAGCCAAAGUCGACCAAUAUUUCGUAUCUUUCGUCUUCAGUAAGUCCAAAAGUGCCAUAUAAUACAGAUAUCAAGAGCAAAAGUCGAAGUGUUUAUGAUGAAGAUAGUCGACCUCAUUAUCAAAUGGCACCUAUGCAUGGUGGUCUUCUCGACAUUAUGAAUCAAAUUAUUAAGCAUCCUUCUGAAGGCUGGCAAUCAUUAUUUAAAGCUUUGCAAUCAAUGAUAGAACAUCAACUCAAUGAUCUGUUUGGACUUUAUGAUGAUACUAUUCCUUUGAUGCAUUUGGAUAGUGUAACGGGAAAUUUGAUUACAAUGCUUACUAGUCACGUGGUAGUAGGUGUAUUAUUAAGUCCUUUAGAAAUCAUGCGGACAAGAAUGAUCGUCCAAUCUGCUGGAUCUGUAGAUGGACCUUAUCAAAAUGUAUACAGGGCUUGGCGAUCUCUGUUACAAGACGAAGAUGGGCUUUGGUCUAUUUAUUUUUCUGAAAAAAACUAUUGGCCUACUAUCUUGUAUCAUAGUUUGACCCCAUUGUUUCACUACUCAGCACCCAUUUUGAUUGAUCGCUCAUGUCACAUCUCUGCUAACGAUCAUCCAAUCCUUUACAGUGCAGCUACUUUUGGUCUCAGCAUAACCACUUUACUCAUUACAAUGCCUUUGGAAACGAUUCGGAAACGAUUACAAUGUCAGAUAGGAUCUUUUCGACAUCAAAAACGAUCAAAAUCAUCCAUUACCUCUGAUAUUCAAUCAUCAACCUUUCAAACUACAGUUCCAUUACGUCCUAUAUACUAUUAUGGUAUUUUAGAUGCCUUGUAUAAAAUCAUGAAAGAAGAAGGAGCCAGAGGACCCAAUUCAUCAACAGUUAUCAGAAAAUCUAGCAUACCUUCAGAUUCAAGCGAUGAAACUGAGGAAGAAGAUUCAUAUGAACGUCGACAUAUAAAUAUACCAAAGCGAAGGAAAGCUACAAGUGCUUGGGGUGUCCGUGGUCUAUAUAAAGGAUUUGGGAUUCAGUUAGCUGCUAGUGUUAUCAUGUUUAUCCUUCAUACCGUUAAUGGCCUUGAAGACGAUGUGAACGGAUUAUUAUAAAUAAACGAUAUUGGAUGUCUGAUGGAUUAAUAAAAACAAUAAAUAUAUCUAUAACAACAUAUCUCAAAAGAAAAAA